UUAAGGGAAUCGAAACUGCGACAUGUUUUCAUCAAAGCCAAAAACCUUUUACGACGCGAUAGAUCUGCUCGUUAAGUUCAAUUGCUUCCUGGGAUUAGGUGUCUAUCGGCAAGAGAACCAAUCUCGUGUUGCAUUAUUUUUCAUGACAUUUUACACAGUUGCUAUCAAUAUUGGAAUAUGGCUUGGAACUUAUAUUGGCUUUGCACAAAUAGCAAAGACUUCAGAUGCUGGAAACACCUCGCCAACGGCUCUUAUAAUGUAUAAAGCCCUUGUUUAUACAAACUCGUCUUUUACCGUGAUGACUCCAAUCACAGUAUGGCUUCGAAGAAAGGUAUUGACUAGCUCUUUCGAAGAAAUGAUGAUAAUAGAUAACUCCUUCGAAACUAUUCUUGAAUCUCGGAAUAAAUACACAAAACGGUAUAUCAAUCUACUGGUUGAACUUAUCAGCAUUUCUCUAUUCGUCUUCGGAGUGUGCAUUUGUGACAUUGCAUGGACGCGGAUAUGGGGUAUGGUGGAUAACCAAUCGAUACAAUCAAUAUGGGGCACUCUGGCGACUCUACAUCAUCCGAUACUCCUUACACUUAUUUUAGACAUAAAUUUCUGUACCUUCAUAAGAUACUUGGAAAAGCAAUUCGAAGACUUGAACAGCGGUAUAUUGAAAUUAGCAAUAGAAUCUAACUGUGCCAACACUAGCAAGAGACCAGGGUUGCAGAUGUAUUCUCGAGAUUUUAUGCCAACGAAAUUAGCACCUGAAGUUGAAAAUAUUGUAGCCACAAGCUUUGUCAAAGACAAGUACUACUUGCUACAAAGAAUUCGAAAAACUCACUUGACUCUCACCAAGCUGACUAAGAAGUUGAACACAGCCUUUGGACUACAGAAUCUCUUUUCUUUGGUUGAUUCAUUGGUCAUGAUCACCGGAUUGUCGUAUACUAUUUACGGUACUUUGUCGUGGAAGAGUUUUAAUUACGAUAAGUUUCAAGAGAUAAUCUCCCCGAUUGCAUGGACCCUGAUUUACGGGUAUAAAAUUUGGGUUAUCUGUCACGCCUGCUAUAAGGUUACCAGAGAGAUUCAGAGAACUGGGCAAGUAAUUUAUGACCUUCUCGGGAGAAAAGUGGAUACUGAACUUCAAAAAGAGAUCAGAGACUUUUCUCUACAGAUGCUUAAAAAUCCGGUUAGCUUUAACGUUUACGGAAUACUAACCUUGGACCAUUCCUUCAUCCAACAGGUGAUUGAAUUUUUUCACGGUUUCGUACACUCGUGUCUAUUUCUAUGUGUAUUGUUUGCUCUGAAUGACAGGUGAUUGGAUCCGUGACAACGUACCUGGUAAUCAUGAUCCAAAUGAGUUGAAUAUUCAAGAUCCUUACGGCGUGAUUUUCGCUGCAGAGGCAUCAGAUUUUGCUAUUUUCAUUUGUUUCUGACAAAAUUCAGUAAGGCAUGAUGUUCAAAUUUGAAGUGCAAAAUAUAUUUUACUGCUAACAUAAGGAUAAGUAAUAAAUUCAAUAGAAAGUAAUAAAUACCUUCUGAAUA